CUAAGUACAUGGCAAAUUCCUGCAGACAGUGAGGAUGAAGAGCUCUUAAUCAGUAGAUUAAAGCCAUUUAAUUGAUUAUUUUGAUGGUGCUAGUCGUUCUACCUUAAAACGAUGACUUCAAAGGACCCGAGUGCAUCAAAUAGUGCCUUGCUUUAUUUGAUUUAUCGGCAUUUAAAGGAGAAUGGUUACCAGAAGGCUGCAAACGUGCUGAAAAAACAUGUCACUCAGAUGGAAGCACCAGAAGAGAUCACCUCUUUACAUGACAUCUACACAAGUUGGACCAAGGUCUCGGAAAUUGGACAAAACCCAAAACAAGAGCCUGAAGUGGAUUCCACCACCCUGAAGAAGAUUAAGGCCGAUCCAUCAACCAAAGAAGAAGAAGAUGUGGACUCAAAACCAAUUGAUUCUCUACCUCCUGCCCCCCACACACCCCAGGGUGCAACCCCAGAGAAUGAGGAGCCGGUCCCACAGGAUGAGUUGUCAUCUACUCCAGUCAGUAACGGGACAGUGGAAACAUCAGCCCCUGUACCAGCGGGCACCCCUUUAAAACCAGCAGUGAGCUCAGACAGUGACUCUGAGAGCAAGGAGGAGAUUCCCCUCACACAGGGAGAUACUGUCACCCCAAAGGCCUCUUCAGCUGUCCCUACCACCACGCCCUCAAAACAUGUAGACGGGAACAACGAAUCAGACAGUGAGAAUGAGAUUCAUCCAUCACAGACUGUUGUCAUUCCCAGUAAGGCCUCAGCUCCCAGUAAGACUCCAGCCAUCCCCACAGCUCCCAGUAAAGCAGAGAGUUCAGACAGUGAAGAGGAGGUUACUGUCAAGAAACUGGCAUCUACGGCUGCUCUUAUGAAACCAGCCAAGGCGAUCCCAGCAGCCCCAGUGAAGCCCAGUGUAGUCACCCCCAGUCAGGCUACAGCUGGUCCCAAGACUCCUGCUGCAGGGAAGAAAACACAGAGCUCUGACAGCGACAGCUCUGACUCAGACAGUGAGGAGGAGGCUCCUAAAAAGAAACCUGUGGCGACACCCAAAGCCAAGCCUGUGGCUGCAACUCUGGUCAAGGCAGAAGCAGGGAAAUCCACCCCUAUUAAAAAACCAACAAACAGCUCAGACAGUGACAGUGAUGACACUGAGGAGGAGGCUCCUGUAAAGAAAUCAACACAGACCCUGAAAGCUGCUCCUGUGAAACCAGCCAAGGCGAUCCCAGCAGCCCCAGUGAAGCCCAGUGUAGUCACCCCCAGUCAGGCUAAAGCUGGUCCCAAGACUCCUGCUGCAGGGAAGAAAGCACAGAGCUCUGACAGCGACAGCUCUGACUCAGACAGUGAAGAUGAGUUAACUGUAAAGACCCUAAAAUCUGCUCCUGUGAAACCAGCCAAGGCGAUCCCAGCAGCCCCAGUGAAGCCCAGUGUAGUCACCCCCAGUCAGGCUAAAGCUGCUGCCAAGACUCCUGCUGCAGAGAAGAAAGCACAGAGCUCUGACAGCGACAGCUCUGAUUCAGACAGUGAAGAUGAGUUAACUGUAAAGAAAUCAACACAGACCCUGAAAGCUGCUCCUGUGAAACCAGCCAAGGCGAUCCCAGCAGCCCCAGUGAAGCCCAGUAUAGUCACCCCCAGUCAGGCUACAGCUGCUCCCAAGACUCCUGCUGCAGGGAAGAAAGCACAGAGCUCUGACAGCGACAGCUCUGACUCAGACAGUGAAGAUGAGUUAACUGUAAAGAAAUCAACACAGACCCUGAAAUCUGCUCCUGUAAAACCAGCCAAGGCAAUCCCAGCAGCCCCAGUGAAGCCCAGUGUAGUCACCCCCAGUCAGGCUAAAGCUGCUGUCAAGUCUCCUGCUGCAGAGAAGAAAGCACAGAGCUCUGACAGUGACAGCUCUGACUCAGACAGUGAGGAGGAGGCUCCUAAGACUCCUGCUACAGUCAUAGAGGCAGCUCCCAGUAAGGCCUCAGCUCCCCGUAAGACUACAGCCCCCCCUACAGCUCCCAGUAAGGCCUCAGCUCCCAGUAAGACUCCAGCCACACUUACAGCUCCCAGUAAAGCAGAGACCUCAGACAGUGAAGAGGAGGUUACUGUCAAGAAACCUGCACAGACACCCAAAGCUGCUCCUGUGAAAACAGCCAAGGCGAGCCCAGCAGCCCCAGUGAAACCCAGUGCAGUCACCCCCAGUCAGGCUAAAGCUGCUCCCAAGACUCCUGCUGCAGGGAAGAAAACACAGAGCUCUGACAGCGACAGCUCUGACUCAGACAGUGAGGAGGAGGCUCCUGUAAAGAAAACCACCCCAGUCUCAACCCCAAGCAAGGCCAAAGCCUCUCCUAAGACUCCAGCAGCAGCUGCUAAGAUGGAGACUGACAGCUCAGAUUCCUCUGACAGUGAGGAUGAGGCUCCAGCCAGGCAGGCCCCUGCCAAGCCCACUCCCAGCCCGGUUAAAACCACACCCAAGACCCCUGCUGCAGCUAAGAAGGCCGACAGCUCGGACAGUGAUGAGUCUGACACUGAGGAGGGCAAGCCAGCUAAAAAGGUCACUGCUACUUUUGUAGCCAAACUUUCAACUCCAGUACAGGAGGAGGACAAAGAUUCCUCAGACAGUGAGGAUGAAGAAGCACCAUUGAAACCAGAAUCCACACCAUCUGAGAAAUCUGUCACGCAAACCCAGGUAACGCCUCCUGCUGGCAAGGAGGGAGGUACAGAGGAACACAUUCCAGCAGAGAAGGUUGAAGCUGUUCCAGUCAUACCUACAACUGAAACAGCAGCUGAGGAAAACAGCAGUGAUGAUCCAACCGAUAUUGAAGGAUCUCCUCCUGAAGUCCCUGAGGUGGACACCCCCCCUGCCUCUGGGCCAGAGAGUGCAAAGGAGGAGGAGGUCCCAGAGAGGCCCCAGAAGGUCCUAAAGACGGACACUUCUUCAGAGAAGCCCAAGACAGAGGAUCAGAUAGUGACCUCUACAACAUCAGAGGACAAGAGUGACACCUCUGAACUCCCAUCAGAAGCCCCUGCUACGGCUGCUGAGAUCAGAACUGCUUUAGAAGAGGAGUCAAAGGAGUGUGUUGACCCAGUUAUCACCAAUUCAGCAUCUGAAGACUCUGAGCCUGAAAAAGUGACCAUUGAGACAGCUGUUGAGACAAUCCCCACAGAGACAGAGGAGCCAAACACUGAUACCCCAACACCUGGAUCAAAGAGGAAGAGGAGUAAAGAGACAACGGACGCAACUCCCAAGAAGAAGAAGAUGAAGAAGAAGAAGGGGGAGGUUGAAGAGAAUGGGCAGCCUGCAGUAGAGGAGGAUGGGGAUGAGUCCAGUCUGGCCACAAAGGGGUUGGAGCUGACUCCAUCAGACGAUUCCAAGGUGGAUACCACCCCGGCUUCAGAGUCUGGCUCCACCACUCUUGUUCUAUCAGCAAAGUCACUCAAGAAAAGGAAAAGAAAGAGGGUGAAGAAAAGAAGAGGUGCGAAGGCCGAGAGGGAGUCACCGGAAGAGGACGAAAAAACAGACUUCGUCCCAAAAAAUAAAAAAAUAAAAAAGAGCAAGAAAAACACAGCAUCCAACCUGACACCACCAACCAACAACCAGACCAAGAAAACUCCAAAGACCACAGCUGCUAAGAGGCCUCUUCCUCCCACCCCUGAGCCGGAGGAGCUAGAGACUCCCAAAAAGAAGAAGAAGAAGAACGUCGCAGAGAAAAGGAGCGCUGUGAAGGAAAAUACAACUCCAGGCAUUGAAACAAAGAAGAAAAAGAAGAAGGCUGCUAAAGCUGAAAACACUGUGAAAGACUCUGCAAUCUCAACUCCUGAACCGAGCCUUACACCAGAGACCCCCAAAAACAAAAAGAAGAAAAACAAGCUGACAGAGAAAAAGGAGAAAAUUAAAACUGCAUGGAAAACACCAGUAAAAGCCUCAACAGGACCUUUGCCUAACACAGAAGUGACUAAGAAAAAUAAGUCCUCCAAAAAGAAAUAAUCCAAUGGUGAAAUUUCAGGAGAUGGUGGAUAUCUUCGCCAGGGAAUGAAGUGGAGCUGCCAACGUCAAUCAGAAGACCACCUCGAUCACACUGGUGCCUGAGGUUACAACCAAAAGAAGGGGAAACUGGAGUUCUGGCCUGUACAUGUACUUAAGGUUCUACUCAUGUAUUUUAGGGGAACAUCUGCAUUGUGUUACUAACAACACAAUCUAUGUUUUAACCAUAUAUUCUAUAAGCUUGCUAAACCAGGCAUGUAUUGACAUGAAAAAGGCAAAAUAGUCAUACCAUUCUAUUUGAAAUGUUGAAUAAACUGGACACAGAAACUAACACAUUUGCACAGCCUGAUGGAACGUAAACCCAUCGUUAGUGUAUUUGCCAAGUCCUAACCAAUGAUAAAACAAUCAUUAGGUAUUAAUAUGUCCUUGGUCUAGCAUUGCUGUCUUGAUAAUGUUGUAGGGUGUAGUACUCUUGCAUGUUGUGGGUUUUCAUUUCUGUUCUUUAAGCUGUGAACACUUCCACAUAAUUGUGUGUAAGGUAAGGGAUUGUUAGGACUCAAAAUGGGGAACACUUGUAGCAAAUGUCACUCCAAAUACUGUACUAUGCACCUCACAAAUCCUAUUGCUGAGCCCAUAGCCUUGUGUUUUAGCACUUAUGUUAGACCCAUACACCUAUGCAGAGGAAGGUUCUGGGGGACCAGAGGAGGAUAGCUGAUCUGACUGACUCAGAGAAUUUGCUGAACUCCCAUGUUUACAAACCAGUAUUUGUGUCACAUUCUUGUGAAAACAAACUUUUCUUCCAUUUGUCAUUUUCUGAUUGUUCAUUAUCAAUAAAAAAUGGUUUAAUCUCUUAA